AUGAGCAGGGUGGCAGAUCUCCCUUCUAGAAGCCCUUUCUCCACCGCCGGCGAUACCCCCAGCGCCCAGCGACACCUUCCCCUCCUCAAUUCCUCCCUGCGAUCCUCCGAUUCGGCUCGCGACGACCAGAUGGAUAUCACUCCCACUGUGUCGGCGCCAGUACCGCCGACUCCAAACAGCCAUGAUGGCGAUUCGGCCAUGCACAUCCCCAAUGGACCUUCGGAUGGCGCAAAUGCAAGCAAUACUAGUACCGCGGGGCCGGGUCAUACAUUGGGAGCUGCCACUGCCGCACAGCAGCCCAAGGUAGUCCAGACAGCCUUUAUUCACAAAUUAUACAAUAUGCUCGAAGACACAAACAUCCAACAUCUCAUUUCAUGGUCCAAUUCGAACGAAAGCUUUGUCAUGUCUCCUACGUCUGAAUUCUCCAAAGUGCUAUCGCAAUACUUCAAACACACUAAUAUUUCGUCUUUUGUGAGACAAUUGAAUAUGUACGGCUUUCACAAAGUGAGCGAUGUCUUUCAUACCGGAUCGCCCGACUCAGCAUUAUGGGAGUUUAAGCAUGGAAAUGGCAAUUUCAAAAGGGGAGACUUGGUCGGUCUGAGAGAAAUCAAGCGACGUGCUUCUCGCCAUACGCUUAUCCAUCGAGACUCGUUCUCCAGUAACAAGCCCGGACCAUCUCAACCGGGAACGCCUGCCGAACCAAUACACGAUGCAGGUGACUUGCGAUUUAUGAACCUCGAGCAUUCAAUGUUUGACAUGCAAAGCCGCAUGGCGCGAUGGGAAGAGAAUCAAUUUUUGUUGAGUUCUCGGUGUCAGGCUCUUGCAGAGAGCCUGGUUAAAUGCUAUCAGUGGACGAAUUCGAUUUCUCAAGCUCUCGUUUCCAUGACUCCGGAUCGUGACAGUCCCUUAUAUCGAGAUGUUUCGAACAUGCAAAGAGAAAUUGAACGACAGUUGGACACAGUCCGCGGUUUGGAAACUCCACAUGAGAGCCUUCUAUCUAGUCGACAGCAGCCAUUCUAUGCAAAUGUAACAGCAGAAGCUGGUCCGCCUCUCUCACCACGCCAAAUGCCUCAAGAUGACAGCCGUCGUCCUUCGCUUGCCGAUGUUUCUAAGUCGAAUUCCAUUCGACCUCCUGUUCCGCAACAUCUAGCCGUCUCGCCUCGCCGAUACGGUUCUAUUGGAGCCGGGCAUGCAUCUCCUGGAUACCGCCCCCCUCCCCCACCCCAGCAACCCCCUGUCCCUCACCCGCUUUCUUCUGUGUCGUCUCCUCCCGGGCCCAAUCUUACUCGUCGGCACACUUCGGCGGAUAUCCGUCAACAUGGGUGGCCGCCAACUGGCGUUUCCCCAUUCGCCAAUGCAUCUGGAAACUCAUCUGGACCCUGGCCAUCUUCCCCUCAUCGCGCCCCCAUUUCGAGCGAGCAGCAGGUUCGAGAUGUUCUAGCACAGUAUGAAAUCAGCGGCCCUAGACGACGCACCGAUAUACCUCGCCAUGCAACUCCACCUCUAGGCGGUGAACCGCUUCCAUUGUCGUCACAUUUGAAUGUGGAUAGUACAUGGCCUGGAGGUGGACCGAAAUUUCCUCACAAUAAUUCCUCUUUGCCUGCUACACGCCGAUCUAGCAUGGCAAGCAAUGUACACUCCCUCCUCAACCCUACUGAUACGGCCGAACGACCCGAAGAAGAGGAUUCGUUGUCUGAAGACCGCAAAAGAAAGCGUAUUCAGUGA